AUGACCAUCUCCAUAUUCACUACCAACGACCACGCCAGCGGGUAUGCAAAAGGCGAUCAGAGCCAGACCCCACAACUGGCGCCGUCAUCCCGUCUUAGCACGACGUACAAGCAAGAUGAAGUAGGCGUGCACAAGGGCUUUGAAUACUCUCAUUCUGGCAAUCCAAAUCGUGAUGCAUUAGAGCGUACGCUUGUAGGCCUGGAGGCAGGCGCAGGACACGCUAUCGCGUUUGCUUCGGGCAGCGCGACGACAGCGACUGUCUUGCAGUCUCUAGGUCCAAACGCGCACAUCCUAAGUGUGAACGAUGUCUACGGUGGUACGUUCAGGUACCUUACGAGGGUUGCGAAAGAAACCAUGGGUAUCGAGUCGACGUUUGUAGACUUGGAGAACACCACAGACAAUGAAAUAUUAGAUGCUAUAAGGGUAAAUACCAAGCUUAUCUGGAUCGAAUCACCAACAAAUCCCACCCUCCGACUAAUUGACAUUCCGCGCAUAGUGGGUCUCGCGCGUCGGGCUCCAUCAAAGCCCCUCGUUCUCGUCGACAACACAUUCCUCUCCCCAUUCUAUGCCUCCCCACUCUUACAAGGGGCCGACAUCGUUAUUCACUCCCUCACUAAAUACGUCAACGGCCAUUCUGAUGUCGUAAUGGGCGCCGCCAUCCUUCCCUCCUCGUUCACACCAGACAGAGACUACGAAGGCCUCGUCCAAAAGCUCCGCUUCCUCCGAAAUGCUCACGGCGCUGUCCCGAGUCCAUUCGACAGUUGGCUCGCCCAGCGCGGCGCCAAAACUCUCGCAGUGCGGAUGAAGGCCCACGGUCUGAAUGCACUCCGCAUCGCCUCCUUCCUAACUUCGCACCCCGCUGUCGAACACGUUAUCUACCCCGGUCUCGCCUCGCGCUCGCUACACGCCCUAGCACGCGCUUCCCUCAGCCCACACGCGCAACAGUUCCUCAGCACCCUACCUCCAUCGAGCAUUGCGCACGGUAUACCUUACGGCGGGAUGGUUUCAUUUCGCCUACAUGGUGGUGCAAGGAGUGCAGAAGUGCUUCUGCCGAAAUUGAGGCUGUUCACGCUUGCUGAGAGUUUGGGUGGUGUGGAAAGUCUUGCGGAGUUACCUGCACGGAUGACGCAUGCGAGUAUCCCGCCGGCGGAGCGUGAGGCAUUGGGUAUUGAGGGGCUGGUGCGUUUGAGCUGUGGGAUCGAGGAGGUGGAGGAUCGAGGAGGUGGAGGAUUUAGUGGAGGAUUUGAGGGCUGCGUUGGAUGGGCUGGAUGA